UACCAUCCCACACCUUAAGUUUAAAGAGCCCUUUAGCUUCACAUGAAGACGUGCCCACCACAAGUGAUAAGUCAGGACAAGAGAGGGCACCACCCCACACCUUGAGUUUACAGAGCCCUUGAGCUUCACAUGAAGAUGUGCCCACCACAAGUAAUAAGUCAGGACAAGAGAGGGCACCACCCCACACCUUGAGUACACAGAGCGGUCCAGCUUCAUGUAAAGAGGUGCCUUUCACAAGUGAUAAGCCGGGACAAGAGAGGGUACCACCCCACACCUUGAGUUUACAGAGCGGUCAAGCUUCAUGUGAAGAGCCUACCACAAGUGAUAAGCCGGGACAAGAGAAGUCACCAUCCCACAUCUUGAUUUUACAGAGUCCUCCAGCUUCAUGUGAAGAGGUGCCUACCACAAGUGAUAAGCUGGGACAGGAGAGGGCACCACCCCACACCUUGAGUACACAGAGCGGUCCAGCUUCAUGUGAAGAGAUGCCUCCCACUAGUGAUAAGCAAGGACAAGAAUGGGCACCGCCCCACACACUGAGUUUACAGAGCCCUCCAGCUUCAUGUGAAGAGGUGCCUACCACAAGUGAUAAGCCGGGACAAGAGAGGGCACCGCCCCACACCUUGAUUUUACAGAGUCCUCCAGCUUCAUGUGAAGAGGUGCCUACCACAAGUGAUAAGUCAGGACAAGUGAGGGCACCACCCCACUCCUUGAGUUUACAGAGCCCUCCAGCUUCAUGUGAAGAAGUGCCUACCACAAGUGAUAAGUCAGGACAAGUGAGGGCACCACCUCACACCUUGAUUUUACAGAGCCCUCCAGAUUCAUGUGAAGAGGUUCCUACCACAAGUGAUAAGUCAGGACAGGAGAGGGUACCACCCCAUGCCUUGAAUUUACAAAGCCCUCCAGCUUCAUGUGAAGACACUACCAUUACUGGUGAACAGUCCCCAGAGUCUACAUUACCAACUUCAUCUACCAUCUUUAGCUAA